GCCGUUGGUGCAGAAGGUAGAACGAUACGGUGGUCUGUGCUGACAGCAUGCGACGACGCGACAGAGCAACCCGGCUUCAAUAGGAGCCUCCAUGACAGCGGGCCUCUCCAAGGACGAGACCUGCGACUCCCCACGGCAACCUUCAGGCCUGACGCCCCAGCUGAGCCAACCGUCGCCUUCACCCGGAAAGCAGGAACGAGCAGAUGAAUCGCUGGACAACUCGUAGAUCAUUGCACGGGCCGGCAGGAAGGAAACUACCUGCAAGUUGUCAGCGGCAUGGAGAUCAAGGUCUCCAAGCUCCACUGGUUCCCAUGGAUCUUUGUGUUCACCAUGACGAUCACCGUCAUGAUCGUCUACGCGUGGAGCGUCCUCAUAGGAGACGUGCCCGUGUUCCUACCAUACGUCAGCGAUGCUGGUGGCAAUCCUCCGCAAAGCGCGCUAUUCGGACUCGCCCUCAUCGCCUGCAUCAUUUCGGGUCUGAUACCCAUGUUGGUGCGCUUCUUCGCGGUGAGAGCGGUGGAGUGCAAGCACAAGAAGUUCGUCACGCUGCUCAAUUACCUGUCGCUUAUUAGCGGCGUACUGGCCGGCGUCGGCUUGGCCAUGGUCGCCACAAAUCCCGUCAGUCACAUACGGCGGGACGGCACUUGGCUGCUCCCGGUUCUCCUUCCACACAUCGCUGGCGCCGGUCUGACGUUCGUCUUCUCGACGGGCUACUUCAUCAUACAAGCCAUGUUCGUGUGGCUGCUGGGGCGCGACCACUGCCGUCCAAUGCUCGGAUACGCCAGGAUAAUCUCCACAGCAGCCAGCAUCGGUGGUGCCAUGGCUAUGGCCGCGUUUGCUCCAUUCAACAGUCUAGAUGACUUCAAGCCAAACCCACAUAGGGGCACUAUCUACCGUGGCAUGAGCCCGUGGUCCUCCGUCGGGGAGUGGAUUCUCAUCCUCGGUCUCAUGUGCAACUUCCUCACGCUCUCCGCUGACAUGAAGGCCAUCAACAUCACCGUCAACCUAGAAAACGUGGUCGUCAACAGUGAAGCCCAGCAGGAGAAGGAAUCGAACAAUGAGAUGAUGAAGUUCUAGUGACGUCACGAAGUCGCUCGAACAUUGCUGUGUGCGUUUCGUCGUUGAUAGUCAGUGGGCAUUCAAGACGCCUCCAACUACUGGUCACGAAGUAAUAAGCCUCGUGGAGUGAUUGUGCGGACUAAACUGUCGCAAUAGAAAAUGAUGCGAAUUCCAGGCAACUGUGUGCGCUGAGUUGCAAGUGGUUACUGCCUAGGGAUCAUCCUAGUCGCGGUUAUCGGUAACAAAAAAAAAAGCUAUGGUGAGAGUACAAAGCACGAACUGCGCAUACUUAAGUUGGCUACUUCGUCUCGAAUGCUUCCAAAAUUAGCUGAUAAGCUGUUGUCUUCAUUUCAAACCACGUAUGAGCGCAAACAAGAUUAAGUCAUCGCAGCCGCAUCCUCUUACUACGAGCUUUUUCAAGAACUUCGCGAUCUUAAGAAGCCACGCUUGACUUAGCUUACUCCAGUGUGAAGCUACAGCUGAACGCGCAGAAAACUGAGCAGGAUCUGUAAAGAAAUUCAGGGGGAUUCAUUUUCUGCACCAAUCAAGUGGCCGCUGAAGCUGAAGCUAUUGAGCCCUACGACGACAAUAAUGUAGUCACGAUAAGGCGGCGAGCUAGUGCGUGGUCAGCACUCCUUGCUAAACGAUUACACGAAUUGCAAUCACGACUUUGCACAAGAGUGAGCGCUUUUUAUCUGAUAAACGGGGCUUAAGGCGACAGAGCCAUGCGAAAAGCCUAUCUGGCUACCAGCCAUUAUGACCUCAAGCUCCGUAAUAUCACGCCUAAUGUGAGCGACAAUUUGCGACAGACGCCGUCGUGUGCGCGAAAAAUGCAGGCUGUUCUACCAUUUUUUUAAAGCUGUUGCACUCAGUUAAUAAGGCUUCACAUCACUUUCUUCAUGAGCACAUUGAACGGGAAAGGUUCACAGAAGCUCGUGGCACCCUUGUCGCAGACUCAGAACAGUCGUGCUGCGAAGCCUGUAAAUACUCUGUACAUUUUGUAAUAAAGUUUUCCACUUUGUGCAUCA